CUCUUCACAGCUUCCUUAAAGUUUUCGAUCUUGCAAACUUUCAUACUCGUCUUGUUGUCUGACGCUGUCACACCAUCUCUAUACACACACACACACACCCAAUACUUUUCAAACUCUACAUCCUCCUCCAAAACAAUGUCUGGUUCCAAGGUUGCCGCCCCUGCCGCUCAGGAUACUCGUAUCAAGAGCAUCCUUGAGCAGGGUGCCGUCAAGUUCGUCAUCAAGACCAAGGAUCAGAAGUGGCAGUGCACCCUUCUCGACCGUGCUACUCACGAGAAGAAGAAGGCUCAGAAGGAGAGCUCUUCGGCUGCGUCUAUCUCCGGCUCCGAGUCCGGUAGCUCCGCCUCGAGCAGCAAAUCGCACUAAGCGCUUGCUGUCAACACCUUUUUUUCAUACAAUGAUUGCGCAAGAGCCAUCGAGGUCCCUUAAUCAACAUAUGGGCUCUCUCACAUGGUCGUCGGUCAGCACAUGCUUCUUUCCAGAGCACUUGGAGAGCGGCUUAUGCAGUCGAUCAUGGAAGACUGAGAGCGGGCGAACGCGGCUUAUCACCAGACGUCGUAUGCACCAUCCAACACAUCGAACAUGGAACUGCGGUCGGAUGUUCCAUGUUUCGCGCGACACACGGUGAUUCCCUAUCGGUAUCUGCAAAAACACGCCGGAUUAGGUGUCAUUUGGCAGUCAAACACAGCAUCUCUGGACUCUGUUUUUGCGCCGAGGAUGAGGAAAUCUCACGCUCGCCUAUCUUCUGGCUCUUGUGCUUGAACAUCUAUCUGGCUUCAUAUUUGGGAUGUUACAGCACUUUGGAGCGAACAAAAGGCGGUCCUUGGACAUGGUUUGGCGUUAUAAGUUUGUGGUUUUGGUUUUGGUUUUCAUAUGAUACCUUUUUUUUUUUUUUUUUUUUUAUAUUUCUUCUUCUUCUCUGCACUGUACGUUACCUUCUUGGCAAGUGUGGGCAGAAAUGAGAUGGUAUUCGGCAUGAA